CUCAGCCAUAUGACAGGUCACUCCCGAGAUGCAACAAGGCCGAUCACAGUUGACCCUGCAUAACAUUGCAUGAGAGGCAGUACCCCCUUGCUAUCAACGUUUACCUCCAGACUAUCUCAUUUCUACACUUUCGCAGAAGCACUGUUUUUUGACGGCAAUUUCGCGACCGAGUUGAACCAUCCAAGUUCGAUUAACCCGAUUUUACCUCCUAGGCGACAAGACCGGAUGCAUCAGCUUGAGCAACGACGUAGCUUGACAUCUACUGCCAGUAAACAGAUCACAGACCGUUGCCGGCCGAUCGCGAUGUCCAUCAUCUGACACAUAACCGAUCUUCAGGAGACGGACGAUCCCAACUCCUGGCAAAAAAUAAAAUAUAAGAACUUGCCAUUCCUCGAAACCACU